GCCUGUCCGUUAUUUUCACGUUGGAAUGAAUCAGUGACGAACGUGUUGUCUGUACAAUUACAUUCUUCGUCGUUUUAGUUUACUUCUAUCGUUUAUGUAAUUUUUUUUAACGAUUGCGUAAUUCUCUCUUUACGAUAUAAAAAGUUGCGAUAACAUUUUUUCUCGAUGACCUCAUAGAAGCGAAGAGAAGAUCAAUCGUGAUGAAAUCGAGAUUCAACGAUGGAGGAACAUGCCACGAAGCGUAUUCAAUUAGCGAGGAUGCUUUCGUGGAUGCUCUUACGAUUCUUACAAUUCUCAAGACAAAGCCGAGUAUGGGGCAAAAGUUGCAUAAAGCAAUGUGCUCGGAGCUUCUCGAUAAAAUGAAUGGCGAUUUAGAAGAUAUAUUAAACGAAGGAUCCUUGCGGGAAGGAUUGGAAAAAGUUGCGAAAUUAUCGGACGCAAAUUCUUCCGUGACCGAAGGUACUUGGAGACCACCGGGCAAUGUAUCCUUACAUUUACGUUCACUAGAUGCGCAGAAAAUUAAAGAAGAAAGCGCAUUGUUGGAAAAACAAGUAAACGAGAUGGAACAAGAAAACGCCAUUCUAAUGAAAAGAAUUGCAGAAAAGAGAUCAAAUAUAGUGGCCAUGAAUGACAGCAUGAUACAAUCCUUAAAUAAGUCAGUAAAUGUGAUAGAUUCAUUAAAAAAAAGAAGGGAAUGGUUAGAGAAAUGUUUCGCAUUAAUGAUAAAGAAAUAGUAUUACAAAUAUUACACAAAGGAUAUUGUGAGAUAUGAACAAUGAAGAAUGUAUAUGUAUAUUUUAUUACUUGUACAGAAUUUAUUUUAAUUAGAAUUUUUUUGUUUGGUAAGUCUGGGAUCAGUUAGGAUCAUAUUUACUCUAUCAUUUAAAUCUGGCGUUAUCUGAAAUUUUUUCAAUCUUCGUAUUAGCGCCAUAUUUUUCUUCUGUAAAUAAAAAUAUAUACGAAAAUUCGAUCG